ACGGUAUUCCACCCGCCACGGUCGCCCGAGCAGCGGAGCGCGCACACCCGUACAUCCGCACAUCCGUUCACCCCAUUUGGCAUUCAAGAAUCGGAUUUUGCACAAAGGAAAUAUGAGAGGCGCAAUCAGCGACAGCGAAAUGAAUAAAUUACGCGAAAAUAAAAUCAAUUUGCAUUAAGAGCUGGAGACGAGCGACUAGCCAACGUCGGACGCGUCAGGCGGACUGCUGCCACAGAGCCCUGGAGAACCUAGACGCUAACCAUCCCUCAUCCACCGACUGACAGCCAUUUGAAGGACAAACAAGGCUAGGCGCUGGCCCAUGAGCUGCCGGGCGGGCAAAUUAUAUUACCUUGUCAGGCGAGUGACAUAAGGCGGACCUCUCGGCCUCUUGGCCCCGCACUCCGCACCCAAAGCCCAUGUGUGGAUCCCAGUGAGGUGACUGGUGACUGGUGGCAGGUGGGUGGUGGCUUCUCGGAGGCACUGGGGUCACGUCUUGGAUUACUAAAUCGCCAACGCCAUCGCCAUCGCCACCGCCGGAAUGCUACGCAGCUGCGUGUGCCUGCGCACCGACGAUGACGGGAAGCGGCGCAGCUCCUCCGUGGAAGACGCCUCCUCGUGCCGCUCGUCGGAAAUAGAGCGCGUGGGCGCCAGCAUGCAGACUUUGGGUCCCAAUGGACAGCCGCAGUCAUCCGCCGCGCAGACGAGCACCAGGGCCUCCAGUCUGCUGCAGCUCUUCCAGCGGCGAGGUUGGUGCAAGCACUUCCGCAAGCCGCUCCGGGGCAUGAGCGCCUCCCGGGCCGAAAAGACCAUUCGAGCGGCAAUAUUCAUCCAGAAAUGGUAUCGCAGGCAUCAGGCCCGUCGCGAAAUGCAGAGGCGUUGCAACUGGCAGAUCUUCCAGAACCUGGAAUACGCCAGCGAACAGGACCAGGCUGAGCUAUACAAAUUCUUUAAUGACCUCAUUAAGCACAUGCCCCAGGCUGCGGGCAGGAAGAAUCAGUACCAAGGAUCCGCUCAUGUUUCCGUACUGGAUGAGAAAGAUGACCUCGUUGAAGAGUUUGGGGACAUUGUGAAUGCCAAAAUCGAGUUGCCAAUACGAAAAAACCAUAUUGAUCUAUUGAUUGACGUCUUCCGCAAGAAACGGGGAAACCGAUUGCAUCCAAAAUACGUGGCCCUAAUCCUACGCGAGGCUGCCAAAUCCCUGAAGCAGCUGCCCAAUAUUUCCCCGGUGUCCACGGCUGUUUCCCAGCAAGUCACGGUUUGUGGGGAUCUUCACGGAAAAUUGGACGAUCUUCUUGUGGUGCUGCAUAAGAACGGUCUUCCUUCAUCUUCCAAUCCCUACGUGUUCAAUGGCGACUUUGUGGACAGGGGCAAGCGGGGCUUGGAGGUCCUUCUGUUGCUCCUCUCACUCUACUUGGCUUUCCCCAAUGCAGUUUUCCUCAACCGUGGAAACCACGAGGACAGUGUCAUGAAUGCCCGCUAUGGAUUUAUCCGGGAGGUGGAAAGCAAGUAUCCUCGAAAUCACAAGCGUAUUUUGGCCUUCAUCGACGAGGUCUACCGUUGGCUUCCCCUUGGCUCCGUUCUCAAUAGCCGAGUGUUAAUCGUUCACGGAGGUUUCUCGGAUAGCACAAGCCUAGAUCUAAUCAAAAGUAUUGACAGGGGCAAGUAUGUGUCUAUCUUGCGGCCUCCACUGACGGAUGGCGAGCCACUGGACAAAACCGAGUGGCAGCAGAUCUUCGACAUUAUGUGGAGCGAUCCGCAGGCCACAAUGGGCUGUGUUCCAAAUACCCUGAGGGGAGCUGGUGUUUGGUUUGGGCCGGAUGUGACUGACAACUUCCUCCAGCGACAUCGUCUUAGCUAUGUCAUUCGAUCCCACGAAUGCAAGCCCAAUGGUCAUGAGUUUAUGCACGACAACAAGAUAAUCACAAUUUUUUCGGCCUCGAACUACUAUGCCAUUGGAUCCAAUAAAGGGGCUUAUAUCCGCCUGAACAACCAGCUGAUGCCCCAUUUUGUUCAGUAUAUAUCGGCGGCCUCACAAACAAAGCGAUUGUCUUUCAAACAGCGAAUGGGCAUUGUGGAAAGUUCGGCGCUCAAGGAGUUGGCGGUGCGUAUGCGUGAUCACCGGGAUGAAUUGGAGGACGAGUUCAGGAGGUAUGAUCCCAAGGACAGUGGUUACAUAUCCAUCUCGAACUGGUGCAAGGUGAUGGAGAAGGUCACCAAGUUGGGACUGCCCUGGCGACUUCUUCGCGACAAACUGGCUCCGGGGACAGAUAGCCAGAAGGUUAACUACAACAGAACCCUGGAUUUGUUGGACACGGAUGUUAUACUCGAAGCCGAAGCCGAUGGCAUGUCAGUAAUGGACGCUCUAUAUGCCAACAAGGCAAGCUUGGUGGCCAUUUUCAAUAUCAUUGAUGCUGAUAAUUCCGGCGAAAUCACCCUAGAUGAGUUUGAAACCGCGAUUGAUUUGCUGGUGGCCCAUAUGCCAGGUGCCUAUUCCAAGGCAGAGAUGCUGGAGAAGUGCCGCAUGAUGGACCUCAAUGGAGAUGGUAAAGUGGAUCUCAAUGAAUUCCUGGAGGCAUUCAGGUUGAGUGACCUGCACAGGAAGGAGCAGCAGGACGAGAAUAUAAGGAGGCGUUCAACUGGCAGAUCGGCCAUUGCCAAAACCGCUUCUGAUCCCGUCACUUUGUUGGCCGACAAGAUCUCAAAAAAUACGCUGGUUGUGGAACACGACAUCGAUCCCACGGACUGCGAGUCGAAAGUAAUUGAUCCUAAGAAGUCAUAAGCGAACCCAAUUAUCAAGGAAGGAGAUAAGUUUGAGUUUUUUGAUAAAGUUUUCAAAACGGAUUUUAUUUGCUCCACUCAAAGCAUUUAAAGCACAUUCGUUUUUGUUAGUCAUUUAUUCAAAAUAUAUAAAAAUCGCAAGAAAAUGUUAACAUUUACGUAAAAAGAUUACCAAAAAUUAAAACAUAAUUAAAGGCAAAAAAUAUAAGAUCUCUGCAAAAAGAAAAACAGACUGCUGCAGUCACCGAAUUUCUCAGCAAAUUUAAUGGCCAUUCCUCUACGCUUUUGAUUUAAAUGAUAUGUAAUAAAAAAACAAUCUAAUAUGCACUCUUCUGUAAGCUAUAUCCAGACAUAAUACUAAAAGUAACUCAAAAUAUACAUAAAUUUAAAAAAGGAUAGUGUUGGAAGAAAUGUAAUGUUAAAUUUCUAAAACCAAAUAUCAUACGCUUUAUAUACAAAUAUAGGCAUAAAAACAUACAUUUUAAUUGCUUAUCUAACUAACAAAGUUAAUGCCCGAGGGAUCAACUUCAAAUUUUAUAUCUAGUUCUAAAUUUUUAUAAAAUGACUUAAGCUAAAAAACUUUCUAUUAAAGACAUUUUCCUUCCCUUACCAUAAAAUUUCGUCAACGAUUCUGUUGUGCGAUAUUAAAUAAAAAUAUUAUAUGCUUUAAAUUAGGUUAAAAUGACGUUGAAAACAUAGAUUAAAAUCUAAAUAAGUUUAAUGCUUUGGAACCACCAUGCGUUUUAUAAAGUAUAUUUAGUACGUAAGAAGUUUAAUCGUAUUUUAUAAUAUUUCACAAGAACUAUGCUUUGGCACAAGUAUUUAAGUGCAAUUCUUAACUAGCUUGAGAAAUUCACUUCAUAUUUUUAGUUUUCAAAUUUUCGUUAAAAUAUUUUAAAAAAAAUAGCUACAGCGAGCAUAUAAAAACUUUAUAACUUUAAUAAAUGUAAUGCAAUACAAGUUUGACAUUAAAAGUAAAUAAUAAGUUGUUCAGGAGAAAUUUGUAGUUGCUCCUAACAUUUUUAAUAAAUUAUGUAUUCAAAUGAUCGUAAUCGAGUACCUAUGACAAACUAAACCAAAACGCUUCUAAACAGGCACUACAGGACCAAUAAAUGUAGCUAAUCGUUGGCAGUUAAAUAACAGUCUAUACUAGUCAUCAAGUACCAUUAAUCUAAUGUAUAUCUACUAUAAGAAGCACCUGCUCCUAUUUGUAUUUUGAGCCACAUUUCAUCGAUAGACAAAAUAUUUUCCAGAAACUUUAUUAAUAAAUAUGUUGAGUAAUA